AUGACCCCUGGAGCAGGAGCCGGGGGGCCGUUGGGCACCAGUGGGGGAGGAGGGUUCAAGAAAGGAGGUUUCAAGAGCUCCUUUACCACGGUCAAAGGACCAGUAUCUGCUACUGUGUCUACGAGGAAGAAUGUCCUAGGGGAUGACGAUGACGCCGAUGAAGCGGCGGAAGCGGGUGAAUUGAGCGAAUUUGCUAGGACCAAACCCGGACAGAAUACGGACGCUCAACCCGACAAUGCAGAGAGCGAUACUGACGAGGAGUACACAAGCGGCGGUAUGGGGGCCAGUUACUAUGAUCCCCGAAAACCUACCGACUGCUCGUCACGGUGCCCGGGGUUUCAGCAUGAGCUUACCAUAGCAUGA